UCCCGGUGUGAAUAUUUAUUUAUGUACAAGCUACUAAAACCCUGUCUUUUAAUACUCUGUCUCCCCGCUUGCCUCUCUACCUGUACUGGGACACUUGAAAACCCAGUUCUAGCACCAUAGAGAUCGAGAGAGGGAGCAAGGUUGCUUGUGAGUUUGAAGUAAGCUCUCAUUUAAGAGCUAGCUAGAUUUAUUUUUCAGGGGAUUCUCCCAAUCACAUCAUGGGUACCAAGCAUAGCUCCAUGGGCUUCAAAACACGAAGCUCGUUGUCUAUAUUCGUUGUUAUCUGUUUAUGUUGUCUCUUUUACAUCUUGGGAGCAUGGCAGAAGAGUGGUUUUGGAAAAGGAGAUGGCAUAGCUGUACAGAUGACCAAGAAGACAGAUUGCAAUAUCUUUACCGAGCUGAACUUUGAAACCCAUCAUAAUUAUGUUGAGAUUAUUGAGCCUUCUCAGCCAAAAGCCAAAGUAUUUAAGCCAUGUCAUGUUAAGUAUACUGAUUAUACUCCUUGCCAAGAACAAGAUCGAGCCAUGAAAUUUCCACGGGAGAAUAUGAUAUACCGGGAAAGGCAUUGUCCUCCUGAAGAGGAAAAACUGCACUGUCUUAUUCCAGCACCCAAAGGGUACAAGACCCCAUUUCCUUGGCCUGAAGGACGUGAUUAUGUCCACUAUGCUAAUGUUCCUCAUAAAAGUCUAACUGUGGAGAAGGCUGUUCAGAACUGGGUUCAAUUUCAGGGUGAUGUAUUCAAAUUUCCAGGAGGAGGAACCAUGUUUCCUCAAGGUGCAGAUGCAUACAUUGAUGAACUUGCAUCUGUGAUCCCGAUAGCAGAUGGCUCUGUCAGAACAGCGCUAGAUACUGGUUGUGGUGUUGCAAGCUGGGGUGCAUACCUGAUGAAAAGAAAUGUGUUGGCUAUGUCCUUUGCACCACGAGACAAUCAUGAAGCACAGGUACAAUUUGCAUUGGAGCGGGGAGUACCUGCUGUUAUUGGGGUUCUAGGUUCAAUACGCCUUCCUUUCCCAUCAAGAGCCUUCGAUAUGGCCCAGUGCUCUCGAUGUCUUAUUCCAUGGACUGCAAAUGAUGGAAUGUACUUAAUGGAAGUUGACCGUGUCCUCAGACCUGGUGGAUAUUGGAUCCUUUCUGGCCCGCCAAUCAAUUGGAAGACCUACUAUCAAACAUGGAAGCGGUCUAAGGCUGAUCUCCAAGCCGAGCAAAGAAAGAUUGAAGAGCUGGCUGAAAGUCUUUGCUGGGAGAAAAAGUACGAGAAGGGAGAUAUUGCCAUCUUUAGGAAAAAAGUAAAUGACAAAACCUGCCACAGGAAGUCUGCUAGUGUUUGUGAAUCAAAAGAUGCUGAUGAUGUCUGGUACAAGGAAAUGGAAACUUGCAAAACUCCUCUCCCUAAAGUAACCAGUGCAAAUGAAGUAGCAGGAGGGGGGUUAAAGAAAUUUCCCGAGAGGCUUCAUGCAGUUCCUCCUCAGAUAGCCAAGGGACUUGUUGAGGGUGUCACAGCUGAAUCUUUUGAGGAGGACAAUAAACUUUUGAGAAAGCAUGUACAUGCUUAUAAAAGGAUCAAUAAGUUGAUUGGCACCACAAGAUAUCGGAACAUCAUGGAUAUGAAUGCAAGGCUUGGGGGAUUUGCAGCAGCACUUGAAUCCCCAAAAUCUUGGGUGAUGAAUGUAGUUCCAACAAUUGCUAAGAACACUUUAGGAGUUAUUUACGAGAGAGGUUUGGUUGGAAUUUAUCAUGACUGGUGUGAAGGGUUCUCAACAUACCCAAGGACAUAUGACUUUAUCCAUGCGAAUGGUGUCUUUAGUUUGUACCAGAACAAGUGUAAUCUGGAAGACAUCCUUCUGGAAAUGGAUCGAAUUUUGCGGCCUGAAGGGACAGUAAUCUUCCGAGAUGAAGUUGAUGUUCUGAACAAGGUCAAGAAAAUUACUGAAGGAAUGAGGUGGGAUACAAAAAUGAUGGAUCACGAGGAUGGUCCCCUAGUACCUGAGAAGAUACUGGUAGCUGUUAAGCAGUAUUGGGUUGGUGGAACAGGAAACAGCACAUCAAGUGAUCAAUGAUCCGGCUGUCAUUGUUUUCAAGGCAAAGAACAUGCCAGCAAUUACAAUGCUAAACAAGUGAUUAACUGCUCGACUGAGAUAUUGCAGAACUGAAGGGUUCCGAUUUCUAGAGAUGGCAGAAUGCAAGUUACUAAUCUGUUAUUGGUGAAGUGGAACGAAUGCUCGAGUUAGCGAAUUAUCAAGAUUCAAGAAUGCGAUACUGAUGACAAGGACGUCCCUUGCAAUCAAAGAUUAUGUUUUUUUUUAGUUAACCACAGCCAAUAUUCAGUAAAUUAUAUUCUUCUAAUUCAUAUGGAUUCCCCAUUUUACAAA